AUGGCCAGCCAGGUCGUGUCGGAGCUUGAAACUACCUUCGCCAACAAUGCAUCCGCCUGGGUGCAGUGUUUCGGGAGCAUCAAGAACAUGUCGGCCAAGCUCAACCCCGAGCAGGAUGUGUAUGACAGCAACGGUUACACCACGAACAAGCACUGGGUCUCUGGCCCCAACACCGUCUUCAAGAGCAUUAUGGAUGCCAUGUUCACUGGCGCUUACAUGGACAUGUACGAGUCCUUCUUCCUGAUGGAGAUGGACGCAAUGCCCGUCAAGUCCGGUUGGCUUGAUGUCUUCGAGGCAGAGGCCACUGACAUGAAGACGACCAAGAGUGCCGUGAAAGGCAGCCAGUACCUAGGUGACAAGUGGGACCUGUUCAAGCACAUGAUGCCGGACUACCUGGUCGAUCACAUCAAUGGCAAUGCCAUCUACAACCUCAACCACACCUGGACCAAGUUCUUGUUCGACUCCUUCACGACAAACGGCAACAUGAUGGGAGAGUAUGCGUUUGACGUGGCCUUUGCGAUGAUCAGCAUGGCGGCAGAAGCCGGAACAGACACAGCGUAUGCGGCGGGUUGGGCUACCGCCAUGGGCGACAACAUGACCUACAACACCGAGUCCAACCUGGUGGGCAACUAUGCGAAUACUCUGCUGAAUACCAGCUUCGAGUUUCCGACCUACAUUCGCCACGGCUCGCACAAGAAUCUCUUCGAGAACUUGCCGGACGACAACGUCACCUUGGUCGUGGCAUGGUAUGACUACCAGGGCCAUUUCAGGGAGACGAUUCCCACGCACCACCCCUUCAAGAAGAUUUUGGGCCUUGCGUACUUCGACCAGAUGGACACGACAGAGGAAAUCCCUGCCCCGGGUGGCAAUGUGACCCUGACGCUGAAGAAGGCCACGUACGAGCCCUACUACCACCUCUGCGAGGCUGCCAAGUCGGUGGACACCAAGUGGUUCGCCCUCACAGACAACUACCACAUCGUCAAGGCGCCCGUGAGCGUUCUCAUGGAGACGAUGGACAAGCCCGUGCUGCCCUAUGUGCUCAAGGACUCCAGGUACUGUGGCGAGCGUCCCAACUGCAAGGCCUCUAUGGAGCAGGCAGAGGACUUGUUCAGCAUCAACCUGAACUACCACCACGACAAGUACGAAGUGCUCUACAAGACGGCGGAUGCCCUGCAGUUCUGCGACAAGUGGGACUUGGCCACCGUCGGAAAGGGCUGGGGCAACUGCAGCCUUGCCUUCGGCCCAACUGCGGACGACUACAUUGCCUGGAAGAUCAGCGACGUGAACUUCAACGUGAGCGACGAGUUCGUCCCCAAGGAUAAGACGCGCUACGGCUGGAGAGCCUGGACCAGCUUGUGGAACCCGGCGCCGGUCGAUGACCGCCAGUGUGAGACCAACCUCUACGGCGUGAAGGAAUACCUUGAGACACUUGGCAACAUCUCGACGUGCACCGUCAACUAUGUGGAGAACGAGACGGCUUGCGUCGGUGAUACCACAUGCAUGUGGAGGCCACUUUUCGAAUCUGGCGUCUGCCUGCUGAAUCCGAAGAGUGUGGGCCUCAAGAGCCACAGCUGUGUAGAUGCGAAACAAAGCAUGAACGACAAUGCCACUCCUUCCUUGGUCCCUUUGUCAUGUGGGGGUGUACGAAUAUAG